GUCCCUGCCGAGGGAAGCGCGGGGCGCGCUCGCCUCCAGAAUUUGCUGGGGCAGCGUGUGUGUCACAGACCCCGAAGGAAGGUUGGGCCGGGGGGUCACUCGCGAUUGACACGUAUUUGAGGUCGUGAGGAGGAGGAGGAGGAGCUGGGCCAUGGACAGCCGCCUGCAGGAGAUCCGGGAGCGGCAGAAGUUACGGCGGCAGCUCCUGGCGCAGCAGUUGGGAGCUGAAAGUGCUGACAGCAUUGGUGCCGUGUUAAAUAGCAAAGAUGAACAGAGAGAAAUCGCUGAAACACGAGAAACCUGCAGGGCUUCCUAUGAUACCUCUGCUCCAAAUGCAAAGCGUAAAUAUUUGGAUGAAGGAGAGACAGAUGAAGACAAAAUGGAAGAAUAUAAGGAUGAACUAGAAAUGCAACAGGAGGAAGAAAAUUUGCCAUAUGAAGAAGAGAUUUAUAAAGAUUCUAGUACUUUUCUUAAGGGAACACAGAGUUUAAAUCCUCACAAUGAUUACUGCCAACAUUUUGUAGACACUGGACACAGGCCUCAGAAUUUCAUCAGGGAUGUAGGUUUAGCUGACAGAUUUGAAGAAUACCCUAAGCUAAGGGAGCUCAUCAGGCUAAAGGAUGAGUUAAUAGCUAAGUCUAACACUCCUCCUAUGUAUUUACAAGCAGAUAUAGAAGCCUUUGACAUCAGAGAACUAACACCCAAAUUUGAUGUGAUUCUUCUGGAACCCCCUUUGGAAGAGUAUUACAGAGAGACCGGGAUCACUGCUAAUGAGAAGUGCUGGACUUGGGAUGAUAUCAUGAAGUUAGAGAUUGAUGAGAUCGCAGCACCACGGUCCUUUAUUUUUCUCUGGUGUGGUUCUGGGGAGGGCUUGGACCUCGGAAGAGUGUGUUUACGAAAGUGGGGUUACAGAAGAUGUGAAGAUAUUUGUUGGAUUAAAACCAAUAAAAACAAUCCUGGGAAGACUAAGACUUUAGAUCCAAAGGCUGUCUUUCAGAGAACAAAGGAACACUGCCUCAUGGGCAUCAAAGGGACUGUGAAGCGUAGCACCGACGGGGACUUCAUUCACGCCAAUGUGGACAUUGACUUAAUUAUCACGGAAGAGCCUGAGAUUGGCAAUAUAGAAAAACCUGUAGAAAUCUUCCAUAUAAUCGAGCAUUUUUGUCUUGGGAGAAGACGCCUCCAUCUGUUUGGAAGAGACAGCACCAUUAGACCAGGUUGGCUCACGGUGGGACCAACGCUGACGAACAGCAACUACAAUGCCGAGACGUACGCAUCCUACUUCAGCGCCCCGAACUCCUACUUGACCGGGUGCACGGAGGAGAUCGAGAGACUGCGACCCAAAUCCCCCCCUCCCAAGUCCAAAUCCGAUCGGGGAGGCGGAGCACCCAGAGGCGGAGGGCGAGGUGGGACUUCUGCGGGCCGUGGACGAGAACGAAAUCGGUCUAACUUCCGCGGAGAGAGGGGGGGUUUCAGAGGGGGCCGCGGAGGAGCGCACAGAGGGGGCUUCCCCCCUCGGUAGUGUUUGCAGACGCUGGUCCUGUCCGUGCCCCUCCCACCUGCUCUGGUGUAGUUUGCGUCGCACGUGGGAAACUGGCCGGAGAGCACAGUUGGAGCUGGCGCCUCUGCCUUGGUUUCUCCGAACUGCAGGAGGGUCUUUGUCAGCCUCCCUGGCACUUGUCACACGCACUGCCUGGUUUUGUUCAGGAUAAACGAGCGUCCCGCCUUUUGUCGUGUGCACGAGCACAACGGAACACAAGUCACUUCAUCUUCAGAGACUGAAUCUGUUCUGGUGGAUUCCGACUAAGUACAAAGGUUUUGCUCCUUAGAAGUGGUUGAACAGUGAAAAGACUGAUCCAUGGUGUCCUGCCAGUGCCCAGAGGAUUGGUGACGCCCUUCCCGCCACUGUGGUCCUAGCAGGUGGUGCUGUCUGGGAGCCUUGGCAGAGUGGGGCUGGGACAGGUGGUCAUUAGCGAGUGGCCUGUGCCAGACCCCCAGGGAGAGAGAGGAAUGGAAGGCAAAAGGGGAGCUUGCCUCCCGCCCCCCCAUAAGGAUGAGUCUGUCCCUCCCUCCCUCUCCUGACGGGGACAGCUGGGUAGGAGCUGCAGGGCGGGUGUCACUGGGCAGGGGUCCCAGGAGCUGGUGGUUGGAAGAAGAAUUUUUUACAGGAGGCUGUUGCGGUCCAGUUACUCCCCCUAGAAAACCCUCUAUAAACCCACCGCUCUCCCCUUCCUGGGGUGGACGCUUUUUUCGACCUCCAGCCCCCUGCACCCAGACGCUCGAAUAAACUGCAUUUUGCUAAA